UUGGUAGUUCUUCUGCACUUUUACCAGUGCGGAGUUUGGCAGUCUCUGAUCAUCUACAUUCCGUCCCAGCUGUUCGGAAUUAAUCAGUUCAUGCCUCAAAUCCUGGGCAUUAUUGCCUGUCUUGGCGUGGCAGUGGUGUUCUUCAGCUUCAAGAUCCACAGCAAGAAAGUGAGAUUUGUGCAUUUCUAUCUCUUGGCGCUCGGGGACAUCUUCUUCAUCGCCAAUGCAGUGUACUUCUACUGGAGUGAGUACUUGGAGAGCGUCAAGGGCUUGUACUUCGGAGGAGUGGGCCAUGGUAUAAUCUACACAACCGGCCUAUCUUACAUGCACUUCCGUCUGGCCAGCAAUGAGUUCAGGAUCUUCAAGAUUGGCCUCUGUCACAUUGUCUACCUCAUCGGAAUUGUGUCCACUGUGCACGGAGUUGAGCUCAUUUCUGUAGAUCUCGAGAAGAUCUUCACAAAAGUCCGUCAUAUGAUCCUCAGCAGCGCCACAAUUGGCUUUAUGCUCCUCCUCAUCAAUGAAACACUGCACGCCGGUGGACUCUUUGACUACAAGAUGUGUCGCGAUGAGGAAUUGAAUGCUGCCAAUGAGAAAGGAGACUUAUUUCAAUCGGCGCUGGCAUUUUCUCCCUUUCCCAGAACUGAUGGGAAUGCUCCUGCACAUGACAAUACAAGAGAACCCAAUCAGAGACGCCAGACCUUCCUCACUUUGCUGAUGAUUUUCUCCAAGAUCAAGAACUACAUGACUUACCAUGCGGUCUUUGUGGCUUUCUUCGUCUUCUUCUCGGAGGAUUUCUUCAGAGCGCGCUCCUACUUCGCCAUGCACUAUUUGGUGCUCCUCGGAGCCAUCACAGGCCUUUGCAUCUCCUUGAAGCUCAACACGAAGACCAUUUACAUCGUCUCGGCCAUCUGCGUCUCCAUCUGCGUCCUGAUCCUGAUGAUCUUCAAGCUGACCGCCGUGAUUCUCUUCGGACUCUACUCCCUCCCGAUAAUCCUGAUGUACUUCCACCUGGGAUUGUCCUACUUCAUCCCCGACUGCGCAAUCAUGGAAAUGGCGAAUAUUAAGUGCACUGAAGCGAGUCUGGCUCUGGGUUACAUGGCUGAAACCAUUCCUCACCUGAUCACCAUUGCCACCAUGAAGUGCUCCAAAUUCUCCCACUUCGACAGCUUCUGGCACAGCACUGUCAUCUUCAUUGUCAUCCUCACCCUCCUCUGCGUGAUGAUCAUCAAGUGGAUACCCAAGACCUGGUCACUCUCCAUCCUGGAGAUCCAGCAUCUCGUGCUGUACGGCGAAAAUCGCUGGAAACCGCAGCAAAAUUGAAAUUCAUGUAUGGAAGUUGUGUGA